AUGAAUCUAUUGAAAUACCUAUACCUCAAAAUUGUCGCACUUUUCCUCAGAGCGCUGGUUCGACUUCACGGAUACAGUCUUGCCUGUCCUGACGCUGUCUACUUCAUCCCCUCCCGAGACGACAAACGACCGAUCAAAACGUUUGUUUACGAACCACGCCAGAAAGAUGCGAAUACUGCCACCCCUGUUCUAAUCAACUUCCACGGUGGUGGAUAUAUGGUGUCUGCACACGGCAGCGACGACGAGUUUUGUAAGCAGAUGAGUGGGAAAGCAGGACAUACAGUACUGGAUGUCCAGUACCGAGUGACACCCGAAAAUCCGUUUCCUGCGUCAUUGCAAGAUGGCGAGGAUGUUUUGAAUUGGGUCUUGGGGAAGCCAGAUUGCUUUGAUUCAUCGAUGGUCUCUCUGUCCGGAUUCAGCUCUGGCGGAAACCUUGCACUGGCACUGGCCACUUCUUCGAAUUUUCCACCAAAGAUUAUUCAUACUGUCCUGGCUUUCUAUCCUGCCGUUGACUGCGUCCCAGACCCAAGUACCAAGAAGGCCCCUGUUGAUGGGGGAUUCCCACUGCCACCCUUCCUACUGCGUCUCUUCAGGAGUGCUUUCAUUCCAUCGUUCGAGCUUGCCAGUGAUCCUCGAGUGUCGCCGAUUUAUGCAGACCCAGAGCGGUUCCCCCUGAAGACGCUGUUUGUCACUGCAUCGUAUGACAACCUGGCGGAAGAAACUGAGCGCCUUGCUUCUCGGAUCGCACAGCUACCUGGUCGGCAUGUUGUUUGUCAUCGCGCCGAGAACUGCAACCAUGCAUGGGACAAGUUUCCUUGUUUAGGGGUUGAGGAGGUAAAGGCCAAGAUGAAGGUAUAUUCUCUUGCUGAGGACUUGCUGCAGUCUGGGUUGUACUAUGUGGCUCCUGCUGCUUGA